AUGUUAACCCAACUAAUGGGUGUAGCAGGCAAUGCUGUGACUGAAAAGCACACCAAGGUGAUGGACAAGAAGAAAGAUAGAAAUAGUCUAAGGCAGUCAACCAAGGCGUUUAAGCGAGCUAGGAGAAGUGCGAAGAAAAAGGAAACCCAAAAGACCCGAUCAUUGGAACAUAACGAGGGCGUGACCUAUGAGAGCGGUGUAGGACUAACGCAAAGUGAGGCUGACAGAUUGACAAUCACGAAUGGUACUUUGAAUGAUCUACGAUCGACUAUUACGGACAAGGAAUUCGAUGACUAUGUGAGCAUAGCGAGCCUACAAGAGAGUACAGAAAACGAGGUACUUAUAGCGGGUACACCCUUUAUCGAAUUUAUCCAUAGGUAUCACCAGAGCUGUUCAAAGGGGUAAUAAAUUGUGAUUUGUUGUCCCUAAUAGACUUCCGAUGCUCAAAAACUCCAAAAUAAAGCGCAGGCACUUGAAAUACACGUGGUUAUACUCCUUUGGGGAGGGGAUGUGGGUGCGCGCCCGAAACCCCGUCGUUGACGCCCGAUGUUGAAUCUAAUUCUUUGACUGUUAUAUGUUUUCAGGAGGAGACGGGGACACCGAAUGGCCCUUUUGUGCUUGCUAUAUGUGAUACAGAAACAACGGGGCUUGGUAUGGAGUGCGAGAUAAUUCAACUGUCGUGCUUAGUUCAGGGGAAGGCGCCGUUUAACCAGUAUCUGCUUCCAGACAAGAAAAUGAUAUCGGAAAGUGCGACCAAGAUUCACGGAGUGUCUGUAAGAUAUCAAAAUGGGGCGAAGCAAUUGCACAAAAAUGGUAACCAGUUGCCAGCUGUGUCACAAGUUCAGGGAUUGGGGGAUUUUCUUAGCUUCAUAAAAGAGGUUGGAAGUGAGACGCGGGUUGUUCUUGUUGCCCACAACGGUAAUCGGUUUGACUUCCCCAUUUUGCUACGUUCGAUGAAAGGACAGGGUCUACUUAAGCAGUUUCUAGAGUGCAGGCCGAUGCUUUUGGAUUCACUGGAAGUAAUCACAGAAGAAAAAAAGGUGCGGGGAAGUCAUCUAAAGGAGUGCAAGGGGAAAUCUCUUGCUACAGUGUACGAGAAAUUGUUCGGCGAGCAAUUUAACGCCCAUGAUUCCCUAGAGGACGUGGUUGCACUCGGAAGAGUCCUACACAGUAACAAGUUGCAACAGACUCUGGAAGGGAUGGUAGCGUUGGCUAGUUAA